AUGCAUGCCAACAUGGGACCCAUCACCCAGGCCAAGCCUGCAAUCGUGGACGAUGUCCUGAUCAUUGGCGGUGGUAUCUCCGGCAUCAACGCAGCAUGCCGUCUCACUGACACACUCCCUUCUCUCACCUACACCAUGCUCGAAGGCCGUUCGACUUUCGGCGGGACGUGGGAUCUGUUCAAAUACCCGGGCGUUCGAUCCGACUCGGACUUGCACACGUUUGGCUAUGCGUUCAAAGCGUGGCGUGGGCCUGCGAUUGCUCGCGCGCCCGAGAUCCUUGCCUACCUCAACGUGGUUGCCGAGCAGUACGCCAUCCGCUCGCGCACGCGUUUCGACACCAAGGCGACCCAUGCCAGUUGGGACAGCAACGACAAGUGUUGGACUGUGCAAACCCGACAUGCGCUGACUGGCGAGGUGCACGAGUACAGGGCGAGGUUCCUGCUCAGCUGCUGCGGAUACUACGACUACGACCAGCCGCUGCAGGCCGAGAUCCCGGGAAUUGACGGGUUCAAAGGGACGGUGGUGCAUCCGCAGUUCUGGACGUUGUCCGAGCACGAGUAUGCUGACAAGAGGGUGGCCAUCGUCGGCUCGGGUGCUACCGCCAUCACGUUGCUGCCGUCUCUGGCGCACAAGACCCGCCACGUCACGCUGGUGCAGCGCUCCCCCUCGUACGUCGUCGCCACCAACCCUGUUGAUCGAAUCGCAAACCUGCUGCAGCGUGUGUUGCCGGAAAGCUGGGCGUCGUUUGUGGUGCGCCAGAAAAACGUCGUGCGCAUUUAUGCGUUUUACCACCUGGGCCGAGCCUUCCCCACGCUGUUCCGCAGGAUGAUCACGCGCAGGGCUAAGAGCGAGCUUCCGGCGGGCAUUCCUGUCGAGCCGCACUUUACGCCCAGGUACGAGCCGUGGGACCAGCGCGUGACGCUGACCCCCAACGGCGACUUCUUCCAAGCACUGCGCGACGGUAAGGCUUCCAUCGCCACUGGCAACAUCCUCGCCGUCAACCACGACCACAUCGCCCUCGACACGGGCGAAACCAUCCGUGCCGACAUCAUCGUUACGGCCACAGGGCUCAAACUCCUCAUCGGCGGUGGCAUCCACCUCACCAUCAACGGCCAACGCAUCUCCACCGCCGACAGAUUCGUCUGGAGGGGCUGCAUGCUCGAAGGCAUUCCCAACUUCGCCUUCGCCAUGGGCUACACCAAUGCCAGUUGGACGCUCGGCUCCGACUGCACCGCUCAUUUCGUGCUUAGGCUGCUUUCGCACUUGGCCGCGACCAACCAGGAGGUGGUGACCCCAGAGGCAGUGGAGCGCGACCAGCUGGUCGAAGCGGGUCUGUUGGAUUUGUCGAGCACGUACAUUGCCAAAGCCAAGGGGUCAUUGCCGAAGACUGCGACAACGGGCCCGUGGAGGAGACGCACCAACUACUGGCGCGACAUGUGGGCUGCCAAACACGCCGCGUUUGAUCAGCUUGUGUUUGGGUGA